UUAGUUAAACUUAAAGGGGAACAGUGUCUUCAGCGUAAUUUCAUAUUUUGCGUUGACUUUUAUGGACGUUUCAAUUCGAGAACCAGUCAUAUUACAAAUAUAAUUAUGUCAGGGUAUAGUGGACACGAAGGAAAUGUUUAUUAUGAAAAUUUUGGAUGGGUUAAUCAAUUUCCUCCAAGUUCUGGUCCAGUUAGUUAUGAGUAUGACAUGACGAUUGGUGAACCUGGAUUCGAAAGCGAUUUUGGCUCAGAAUCACAGUUUGGAUCGUUUGAUUACAGCAGUUCAUCCCCUUCUGUGCCACCAAACGUUUCAGGAAAUUUUGGGGGGUAUAUUCAGUAUCAUAAUCCUUACAUCAAUCCUGCAGGGGGAUUGUAUGCUGGUAGUGGUAGUCUUCUGACUCCAGACACAUACAGUGGAAAUAACUUUGAAGAUGAACCACCCUUGCUUGAGGAGUUAGGUAUCAAUUUUGACCAUAUAAUGCAAAAAACGUUAGCAGUGUUGAAUCCCAUUAAAGAACCAGAGGCUUCGAUUUUGCAGGAAACAGAUCUAACAGGACCUCUUGUUUUUUGUAUGGUAUUUGGUGGAUUUUUAUUAUUAAGUGGGAAAGUUCAUUUUGGUUAUGUAUAUGGAAUUGGUGUGUUAGGAUGUUUGGCAAUGUAUGCUCUUCUGAAUAUGAUGAGUAUAUCAGGUAUAUCUGCUGGAUGUACUGUUAGUGUUCUUGGUUACUGUUUGCUUCCAAUGGUAAUUUUAUCAGGAGUGUCAAUAAUUUUUUCAUUAAAAGGAAUUUUUGGUAUAGUUAUAGCCAUUAUUGUUAUAUUUUGGUGUGCUUUGUCAGCUUCCAAGUUAUUUGUAACAGCACUUUUAAUGGACCAUCAGCAACCUUUAAUUGCAUAUCCAUGUGCUCUAUUAUAUGGAGUUUUUGCACUUUUAACCAUUUUCUGAAAGGCGUUAAGUGACUUAUUUACAAAAAUGAUAGAAAUUAAUAGGACCUGUAUAGCUGUUUAUCUUAGCAUUUAAAAAGAAAAUUGUGUAAUCCAAGAUGAUAUUGUUUUUUCUUACAGUUAAAAAGGAAGGAAAUAAUGGCUGCAAUUUAUUUUAACAUUUAGACUGAGUUUUUUUCCUUUGAAAUUUGGAUAUGACCCUACACUUCAUGAUCUAAAAAAAAACAUUUGAAAUUUACUAAUAUAUAAUUACCUUGAUCAUCUAUGAUGGUGUUUGAUAUACCUUUUCACUUAACUGGAAUAUUCUAGUCAUAUUCCACUGCUAAUAGUCAGGUUAAUGUAGCAGUUGGAAAGAAUGUGGAUUACAAUAACUGGUUUUUUCAGGUUGCUUUGCACUGUGGUGACAGAGUUUUUAGUCAAUCAUAAUAAAUGUUUUAAUUUGUAACACCUUCAUUAAGAAAAUGUUUAUUUCACUCUAUAUUUCUUAUGUUCCAGUAUUACUGUCUAUCAUAAUUUAUUUACUGAUUCUUACUGUUAUGUACAACAUCUGAAGCAUCUUGUAUGCCAGACGUUAUGUAAAGUUUUAUGUUACCUGAGGUUUUACUGUCACAUUUCUAACAAAGAAAACAGUGCGAAAUGAAAACCACAAGUCACGUGACUGAAACGACUAAUUAUAUAAUAUAUUUAAUCAUACCUGUCUUUGUUCAUAAAGAUAUAACAAGGAACUAACGAGAUUUAAUUAUACUAAGUGGAAACAGAGUUUCAUAAUCUCUUGUACUUGUGUAGUUUGAUUUAGUAUAGUAAAUAUUCAUGCACUUUAACUGUUUCUUCUUAAUAUUCUGUUUUACAAUUGUUUUGUUUCAUCCUAAUUAACUUCUUGUUUGCUUUUUUGGAAGGAAAAAUGCUGUGAAAGAUAUAAAAGUUUAAUUAGAGAAAAUAUUUUUUUUCCACAGACAGAUUCUGUGGAACUGUUGUAUUGAUACUAACAAUAACAAAAUAUGGGUUUGAAAUAAUAAUAAAAAUAAAUGCAUUUUAACCUUGGAAUGUAUAUAUAUUUUGCAAAAGUAAGAAAUAUGUACAUUUUUGAUUAAAGGAACAUAGUCUGCUUGA